AGAGAGAAAUUAUUAAAUAUAGUUAAUAAAUUGAAUAGUGUAAAUAAUUCAAUUAUUAUAGUACCUUCUCAAAGUAAAAUAUUUAAAAUGCAUGAUGUUCCUUAUAAAUUCCAUCAGAGCACUAAUUUUCAAUAUCUCUGUGGUUAUCAAGGCUCUGAUUCAUUUUUAAUAUUAACAAAAAAUGAACAUCUUUUAUUUAUAACUCAAAAAUCAUCAGAAUUUGAGAUAUGGGAAGGUCCUAAUCCAGAUAAGACAACAUUAUCAAAAAACCUAGGUAUUGAAAGUAUUAAUGAUGUAUCUGAAAUGACCCAAUACAUGAAUAAACUUUUGUCUGGCCCUUGUGAAUCUACUGUUUGGUGUUCUUUUUUUGAUGAAGAUUAUACAGGCAAAAUACAUGCCAAACAUAUAAAUGGACUGCAUCAAUUAAUAAACAACGAGUACCGAGCUAGAGUGGAUAAGCGUUUAGAUGGUUUGAUUCAGAAAUUGAGGGUCAUCAAAUCUGCUAACGAACAGAAACUCAUGAGGAAAGCUUGCGAGAUCGCGUCUCACGCCUUUAUCCAUACCAUGGAGUUUUCAUAUCCUCAAGUCCCAGAAUCUGUUUUAGAAACCAAUUUCGAGCUAGAAUGCAAAAAACGAAUGAGCAGCGGAUCAGCCUAUAUUCCCGUGGUGGCAGGCGGAAACAGGGCCUGCACUAUUCACUACAUCGAUAAUAAUUGUAUGAUAUCAGCGAAGGAUUCGUUAGUUCUUAUGGAUGCCGGGUGCGAAUACCAAAAUUAUUGCAGCGACAUUUCUCGUACUUGGCCCAUAAUCGGUAAGUUCACUCCCGCGCAAAAAGAAUUGUAUGAAGCCUUAUUAGAGGUUCAAAUUAGGUGUAUCGAUUUGUGCAAACCGAGUCAGUUAUCUCUAAAUGAACUCCUAGUCAGAAUGUAUCAAUUUAUGAUUAAAUAUUUCGAGGAAAUUAAGUUGCUCCCCGCUCAUUUAACUUAUCAAGAGAAAUUUCAGAUGGUAUCUAAGUUGUGCCCUCAUCACAUAGGGCAUCAUUUAGGUCUGGACGUUCACGAUUGUCAUUUGAUAUCGAGAGAUGAGCCAUUGCAGCCGGGUAUGGUUAUAACUAUAGAACCAGGCGUUUAUAUUCCAUUACACGACACCGAGUUCCCCAAAGAAUUGAGUGGAUAUGGUAUGCGAAUCGAAGACGACAUUUUAAUUACACAAAACGGUGCACCUGAUAUAUUAACGAAUCAAUGUCCCAAAAAAUGCGAUAUUAUAGAAAGUAUUUCGUGUAAAAAUCAAAAAUGAUUUUAUAUUUAUAUGUAUGUUUUGUUGAAAAAAUGGUUAUUUCAAUGUAAAAUGUGA